AUGGCACAUGUCGCGAAGAUACCCGUCAUCGAUGUCUCUGGCGACGGCGACCAGGCCCAGGUGGCCAGGGAGUUGGUCGACGCGGCGGUUGAGCACGGCUUUGUCUACAUCAGGAACACUGGCAAGGACAUACCCGUCGAGGCAAUCGACGCGGCAUUUGAGAUGUCCAGGAGGCUCUUCGAUGCGCCCCUGAGCGAGAAACAAGCAUGCACAAUCCAACAAAACAACCGGGGAUGGUCCGCCAUGAACUACGAGACGCUUGAUCCAGCAAACCAGCGUGUCGGCGACUUCAAAGAAGCAUUCAACUUUGGCGAGUUCGUCGACGGCAAAGCCCAGCAGCCCAUCCCACCCACCAUCGCAGCGGAUGAGCCGCAAAUCAGCGCCUUCCGCGACCUCUGCUACAACCUCUCGCUCAAGCUCAACACCCUGCUCGGCAUUGGCCUCGAAGUAACCCCGCCGGAUUUCUUCACCGCCGCCCACCUGCGCGCCCGCGGACCGUCCGGCACGAUCCUGCGUUUCCUGCGGUACCCGCCGCGCAGCGACCUCUCUGACACCACGGCCGCCGAUGUCCGCGCGGGUGCGCACUCCGACUACGGCUCGCUGACCCUGCUCUUCCGCCUGCGCGGCCAGCCGGGGCUCGAGGUGCUCGCGCGCGACGGCGUCACUUGGAUGCCCGUGCCCGUCGUGCCGCCCGGCACCGAGCAUGACCCGGCGCCGCCCAUCCUGAUGAACAUUGGCGACCUGCUCUCGUACUGGACGAACGGGUUGCUGCGGAGUACCGUGCACAGGGUUGUAUUUCCCGGGCCUGCUGCUGGUGCUGCCGCUUCGAGCGGUGGUGCCAAUGGAGGUGAAGGGGAGGAAGGCGGUGCAGCCGGUGGCGGGAUAGGCGUGCGUGUCGAGGGGGAGGUGGAUGACGGCCCGCGGUAUUCGAUUGCCUACUUCUGUCACCCGUUUGGGGGCGCAGAGCUGGGGCCUGUGCCGAGUGAGCGGGUUAAGGGGUAUAAGGGGGGGUUGGCGGAGGGGAAUCCGUAUGCGGAACGGAGGGUGCUGACGGCAGAUGAGCACCUGCAGAUGAGGCUGAGGGCAAGCUAUGCGCAGUUGUAUAAGGGCAAGGAGUGA